CCCUCAUGGGCUCGGGCUCAGACCCCAAACCGAGCCGAAUAAAAAACAAGCGUCUGCGGAACAGAAUCGCAGCUAACACGUAACGCAAGCGGAAGCGGGCAGGCCGGGUGGCACAUUACCGAUCGUCCCCUCGGAUCCGCCUUUACAUUUGGUCGUCUCUGUCAUUCGUUGAGAGAAAGUCGUAGACAGGGAAGGGAGAGAGGGGAGAGAUGUGGGUGUUCUAUCUGAUCUCGCUGCCCCUGACGGUGGGCAUGGUGAUUUCCACGCUCAAGUACUUCGCCGGCCCGGAGGUCCCUCGCUACGUCCUCUUCACCGUUGGUUACACCUGGUUCUGCUCCCUCUCCAUCAUCAUCCUCGUUCCUGCUGACAUCUGGGCGACGAUGCAUCAGAACCAGAACGGAGGAAUUUCUUUCUUUUGGACCUGGUCAUAUUGGAGUACGUUCUUACUUACUUGGGCUGUGGUGCCCCUUAUUCAGGGUUUUGAAGAUGCUGGAGACUUCACUGUGCCAGAAAGAUUGAAGACUAGCCUGCAUGUUAACUUCAUUUUUUAUUUAGUUGUGGGAUCUAUCGGCCUCUUUGGACUUAUUCUUGUUGGAGUUCAUUUUGGAGUGGAGGUGUUUUGGGCUUAGCCAUGGCUUGCUCGAAUACUUUUGGACUUGUUACAGGUGCAUUUCUUCUUGGCUUUGGCUUGAGCGAAAUUCCCAAAAGCAUUUGGAGGAAUGCCGACUGGACUACUCGUCAAAAAGUUCUCUCUCAUAAGAUUGCCAAAAUGGCUGUUAAACUUGAUGACGCUCAUAAAGAACUUUCAAAUGCUAUUGUAGUUGCUCAAGCCACAUCCAAUCAGAUGUCAAAGCGGGAUCCUUUGAGGCCCUACAUGGACGUUAUUGACAAUAUGUUAACUCAAAUGUUUAAGGAAGAUCCAUCAUUCAAACCACAAGGUGGACGGUUAGGGGAAAAUGACAUGGACUAUGAUACAGAUGAGAAAUCAAUGGCAACACUUAGACGUCAUCUUCGACGAGCUCGAGAGGAGUAUUACCGCUAUAGAAGUGAGUACAUGGCCUACAUCAUGAACGCCCUUGAACUGGAGGAUACUGUCAAAAAUUACGAACGUCGUGCUGCGACAGGAUGGAAGUAUGUUUCAACCCUUAGACCUGCUAAAGCUGGCAAAAUAGGGUCCCUCAUUGAUAACAUCGAAUUUUUUUGGCGGUGCAUUCUGAGAAAGCAACUUGAGAAACUCUUGGCUAUUGUACUUGGUAUCAUGUCAGUUGCGAUUCUUUUAGCAGAGGCAACUUUACUGCCUAGUGGAGUUGAUCUCUCUCUUUUCUCGAUCCUUAUAAAUUCUGUUAGAAAGCAAGAAGCACUUGUGCAGGUCUUCGCCUUUGUUCCUCUGAUGUACAUGUGCAUCUGCACAUAUUAUUCUUUGUUCAAGGUUGGAAUGUUUAUGUUUUACUCAUUAACACCAAGGCAAACAAGCCCGGUUAACUUGCUCAUGAUAUGCUCGAUGGUUGCUCGGUAUGCUCCUCCAAUUUCGUACAACUUUCUCAAUCUCAUUCGUCUUGGUGAGCAAGAAGAAACUAUAUUUGAAAAGCGAAUGGGGGGGAAAAUCAAUCAAAUUGUCCCUUUCUUUGGAGAUGAGUUUAACAGAAUCUAUCCCCUUAUCAUGGUUAUAUACACCCUCUUGGUUGCCAGCAAUUUCUUUGACCGUGUGAUUAGUUUUUUCGGGAGCUUGAAAAGGUUUAGAUUUCAGACUGAGGCAGAUGAUAUGGAUGGAUUUGAUCCAUCAGGGGUAAUUAUCCUACAAAAAGAACGUUCUUGGCUUGAACAAGGGCGCAAAAUUGGUGAACAUGUUAUUCCAUUGGCGAGGAAUUUCAAUAAUACUGAUGUUGAGUCUGGCAGCAAUGGCACGGAGAGAACUGCUGUUGAAAUGAAGAUGACAACUGGUUUAGUCAAUGAUGGAAUACGUGCAAGUCCUUCAAAAUCUUUGAACGAAGAGGCUCGUAGAUAUAGCUCUAGCAAAGAAGUCAUUAGCAACAAGUAUACUGCUUUCAGAGAACAGAGCAGACAAAAAGCAUUAUCCGACAUGGAGCCAGCAGGGAAGAAUAUCGCCUCGGCUAAGGUCUCCUUGCUUGAUGCCGGCAACGCGCGCUCUGGUAACACUACAGGUGGGCCUUCUGCCGGUUUGGCAUCAACUUGGGCAAACGUGAAGACAGGUUUUCAAAGUUUCAAGGCAAACGUUGGGGCCAAAAAAUUUCUUCCCUUGCGCCAAAUUCAGGAAACUAAACUUGUCUCUCGCGAUUCCUCAUCUGAGUCUCUUGAUGAGAUUUUUCAGAGAUUGAAACGGCCAUCCGCUGACAAUAGGGGUUCUAGUGAUGAGGAUGAAGAUGAGACUGAAAUCAAUAAUUCAGGCGCCACUAGAUAAUGUCCAUAUCUGUUGAGGAAAUGAAUACAUUACUGUUAUAGAAUGGGAUUAUAUGUGCCUAGAAGUUGUACAGGUCCUGGGUACUGCUGAUUCCACUGUGCUUACAAUUUUCUUUGCUGUUGGAUCCUCCAAUAUUAACAGAAGCCUGGGAGGAUGGACUGCUAUACUGAAAACUAGAAUACAUGUCAUCUGCAUCUAAUUGGAGGAAUCGGAGAUAGUAAGUACGAUAAUGUUUUAAGAAAGGAAAAUUUUAUACAGGUGGAAAUUUUGUAAUUUGAAUUUUUUUUGUAAAACAGCUUGUGCAUUUGCCUCCCCUGCUGAGGGAAUAUUGGACUUGUAACAUUUGAACUUCCUCAAGUUGAACAUAAUUUUGGUGAUACAUAUAUGGGAAGAAAAAAUAAUGCUACAUUGGUCGA